GAGAGUCGGGUAAACAUGGCGUCCGCUUCGUCGGGCCCUGACUGGUUUUCGAACGCAAUUGCAAUAUUAAGUUCAAGUCAGACUUCACUCAACAAAUCUGACCUUCAGAUAAUUGUAAAGUCUGUCAUACAAAGUGAAAGUGUGCUUUUGGUGGAAGAUGAGGAGACCAGAGAGUUUUGUGAAGCUUUUGUUGCUCUCAGUGCCCACUUCAUUGGCACUAGUGCAACUUCAUUGUCACGGAGCCAGAUAACAACUGCAGGCCAUGCUUGCAGCAUUCUCCUGCGUAUACUGCUGAGGUGGCUGAAGGCACACAGGGAAAAUUCUCUUCUGCAACAAAGCCUAAUUAUGGUACUUAUUGGCGGCCUCUGUCUGUCAAAUGCGGGCACACCAACCAAGUCCGAGUUGAGUACGCUUUCCUCUGUGCUCAAGUCUGCCCAGCUUCCUCCCAGCUUGGCAUCAAAACCAGAUGGUACUGAACGACGUCGAGACGACACACGAGAGCUGCGGCAGCUUUGGCUGAACCCUAGCAGCAGCAUCCUGGAGCAGCUGUCCACCCCACUGCUGGAAAACCCCUUGGGGCCCAAGUCGGAUGCUAGCACGGAUCUCGACAAGGACUUGGACCUCAGUGCCAGUCACAUCAUCGACCCCGGAAUGGAAGCUAAGAACUUUUUGCUGGCCAAAAAUGUGGCCAGUUUGCAACGAGAGCGAGCGGGUGACAUCCUUCUUGACGUGUGCCUGGCCCUACCCUCCGUGGUGCAGUACACGCAAGGCUUAGAAGAUGUACUUCUCUCAGGCGGCACUAUGACGCUUGACUGCCUGACAAGCAGCAUUGUGCUGUCUGGAUCGAAAGCAUUGUUUGCAGACAUAGCUCUAGUGUGCAAGUGCCUGGGUCUUCCCGUGUUGGAGCCACUGGGUGAAGUGCGGCUGCAGCGGCUCGUGCGGCUUGCCCUGGGAUGUGGACACAUGGCCGUGGCCGUGACACAGGCUGUGUGUGUAUUGGGCGUGUCCUCAUCUGGAGGGAGCAGCCAGCCUGCAUCCGGCACUACCAAGGGAGUCCCCUGCUGGGAUGAUGAAGGGCACCUGGCACUUGCUGCCCGUGUUGUUGAGGCUUGUCUUGACAUCUACAAUAUUAUUGCAUCUACCAUGAGGUCGUCAACAAGAGCUGGCGGUCAUGUGCUGCAGAACUUGCACGUGUUGACAUCAUGGCUGCUGCUCAGAGGCCUGCAAGUGAUUUUGAGCUUGAACACAUUCCUCGAUCGAGGUAUUUGCAAAGAAGGUGCAGGAGCCAAAAGUAGCCGAGGACCUUUGGACCAGACGCCUACCAGGACCAGGGACCAGUCAAGUGGCCUCAAACAGAAUCUUCUGCGCAUCCAGCAGGGCUUUGGAGUCUUGCCCGUGGCACUUGCCAACCAGGUGCUGUCACUUCUGACCAGCGUGUUUGGUGAGCUCCGGCUGGAAGCCGGUGCGGCCCCUGAAGAGAGCGACCGGGAGGCCAGCCGUGCAGAUGAGCGCAUCCUCACUUUCCUGGGCAACAUCAAUACACCUUUCUGUGCAUGGAAAUGUGUCCGGGUGCUCAUGCAGCUAAACCUACCUGCCCUGCUCUUUGACCUCGUCUCAGUCUCUUACCGCAAGGCAGGGAUGCUGAAGAGGAUUCAGAAGCACCCAACAGAUGGUGACAACUUCAGCACUUCAGAUUCAAACACAUUCUAUGAGGAAGACUUCAGCACAUCAGAUGAUAGCAGUGCUGAUGAAGCUGCUGGACCAAAAACCUCCGGGCAACUUGGUGAGUCCUCAGGGCGUCCGAGGCCUUCGCUCCGAAAAAAACAAGCGCUUUCCAGCAACCCUCGGACUGGUGCGCGGAGCCACCCGAGAAAAACGAACGCCGGACUGGCGUCUCGGGAAGUCCGCGAUGAUGACAGCGAGCCUAUCCUGGGCCACUGGUAUGAACUGACAACCGCCCCGCGAGAACAUAGCCCUGGUCCAGGUCCGCUGCAGCCAAAGGGGCUUCCUGAGGCGGAGACAGAAAAUAGAGGUGUCCGCUGCUCCCUCGCUGAUGGCCGGCCCCUCAUUCCAGACAAGGAGGAACCACAUGGGUAUAUCCAGUUGUCAACAAAAGUUCUCAACUUUGUGAAUGCCUACCUAGUCAACUUUGAGCCAGUACAGGCAUAUCUCAAAUCUGGAAUAGGCACACCACAGAUGGUUAUCCUUGCGGGUAUCAUCAAGGACUUGGAUCGGGAGACAUGCAAAAGCACAAUUGGUCUUUUGUUUGGAGCGUCUCUGGGCCAACUGUAUGAGGACUUCUCAAGAGCACUGGCCAGGUUCAUCCACAAUGUAUUGGCCACUGGUUUGUUGGAUGAUAUCUACCAGGAUGGCUUGUUGACUCAUCUAAAUAUCAACCCGUGGAUUCAGAAAGAAUGGCCAUUGCAGAUCUACUGGCGUACAUUGUCAGUGCUGGCACAGGUUCUUUUGCUGAGACAGCAGAAAGACAAGGAUGACCUGAGGAGUGAGAAUGACACAGCUUGCAUACUCAUCUUUCGCCUGGUGCUCAACACCAUGCAGAAGGCCAUCCUUUCAUCACAUGUCGACGACAGUGAAGACAUGAACGUGGAGCACACCCAGCUGCUGCUUUUUUUGUUUCACAACCUGCAGCUAAUGCAGAAGAAAGUGGUACUACUGAGCGUUGCCAAGACAAUAAUUAAUGUGGCCCCUGUGUCUCAGAGCCCAUUGAAAGACAUCCAGAUUAUCUACAUUGCAAGACUUCUGCAUAUCUUUGAGUACUUGAUCAAGAACUUGUAUGAUGCUCCAGCCUCCCUUGUGGACCAGGUGCAAGGAAAUUUGUUCAACAUUCAUGGCUCUGCAUCUGUGAACCCUGACGCUGAGAAUACCAAGCAACAUGGGAAGCUGUUUUUUCCUUGCAAAGAAGUUGAGGACAAUUUUGCCAGGAACUCUCUCUCAGAUGUGGUGCAAGGUUCACACAUCAGGCCGAAGUUUUACCACCUCAUGAUUCUGGAAUCUGGUACACAGGAUGUCCCAAAACUGGAUGGUUUUGCCUGCAGUUUCCUUCUAGCAUCGCCAGAUGCACUCAAUUACUCUGACCUCUACGGAGCAGUGCUUUCACUUUUGUGGAUCGGAGCUCAAUGUGAUACAGUGGAACGGCCUUCUGAUAGCCCUAAGCUUUCAUAUCUGGGUACAGCUGCAGUGCAGUACUGCUUCGGUGCAGUGUGGCGCUUGUUGCUGAGCCUGCCACCUUCCAUUCAACUGUCAGAGGCUUUGGCAACAGGCAAUGCAAUGCUUGACCUUCCCCAGAUCUUGCAUGCCAUUGUCUGGGUUUCGAGGUUUGGGCAUAAGAACUUCAAUGUCUGGAUCAAGGAUUCUUUGGUGAAGCAAGGCAUGACACAACAACGGGCAGAGUCCACUGUGCAUCAAGUCACAACGAAUGCCAGCCAGCUUCUGUUUGAUGUGCGAGUGUUCAAGCAGCUGGCCAGCAAGCAGCUGGGUCAAGGACCAGCCGACCUGUCAGGUCCUGUCAGUCGCUCUGAGUUGCCACAUCUCAUGGACUUGUUUGUACUGGAGGCCCUUAUUGCAAAGCUGCAGGUCUCCUUGGAUUUCAGCCUCUUGAAGCCUACGAAUGAAAACCACAGCCGGGAGGUCAAGGAGUUUUCAUGGGAGAUCUUUCCAAUUCUUCUUCGUCUCGUCAAGCUCUACAACACAUGCGUCAGAUGGAGUCUUCUGCUUCAGGCCGUAGAUUUGUCACCAACAGGACGCUCAGAAACAAGCCUGCGUGCUAUGGACGUCGUGCUGCGAAUGACCUCACGACGCUGCUCUCAGGUGUCCAGCACCGUUGCUGCCAUUGUGUCGCAUCUGCCACCGCAAGUGGACAGCACCCUUGAUUUCUGGAAUGCAAUGGCAGUGAAUGUCUGCAACUGGAGAAAUGACUUUGCUAAUGACAGCCUUCCAUCAGAGAGCUACAUUGCAGCUGUGCAGGUUGCUCAUUUCUCCCCUUUGUCAGCAAACUCCACAUUUUUGAUCAACUCCAGCUUGAAGCGCAUACUUCAAUGCAUUGUGCGCUUUGCUCAAGAUGUCUACAGCUGGUCUGCGGAAGACAAAUUUUCUAAUGACCUUUUGCGGGCAAUGCUGCCGCUGCUGCUAGAUGCUACCACAGAGUCACAGACAGACUUUGUAAUGCUGGCUCUUGAAGGCAUCAUUGGGUCAUCAGACACAGAAGAGUUUGCACAACAUGUUUAUGAAGAAAUGCUGGCAAACUGUUAUGAGCUGGUUAUCAAUUACUCUCAUAAGGAAAGUGAACUCAACGAAUUAGUGUUUCAUGAGUGCCUGAAGUUUAUGGAGAACCUCUUGGACAAGCAGCCUGGCAAAAAGGCCCUGGAGAAAUUUUUCUGUGAUAAAGACAUCUGGAAUAUUUUCUUGUCUGCAGCAGAAGGAAACUUAAGUCCUGCAUAUGGAACUCGCGUCCUCAAGUUCUUUAGCAAGCUCUUCACGCAAAUUGAUAAGAAUCCAGGAGACCCAAGCCUGGAAAAGUUAAAUGCAACUCUCUCAAGAAUGAACCGGUUGAGUGAACUAGAUUUGAAAUCUCUCCAGAAUUGGCUGAGCAAAGUUGUAACUGGUUCCAAAGGAGCAAACUUCAGUGAGGAUAGCAGUCCUGUUCAAGAAAAUCGGCUUCUGCUUCAGAACCUGACAACUUAUAUUGUCAAAGAAAACAACAAGGUGUCAACUCAAGUGGCUGGAUCUUUCUUAACUGCACUGGUUGAGAUUGGAACCCAGCUUUUGUCUCCAGCAUCCGAAGGCAUUGGCUUCUCUGACCUCAUGGUUGUCAUGUCCACUUUGGCUAGUGCAGGUUCUGGUUGUGGCCAUCUGCAGCUUUUCAAGGCAACAACAGAGUGGCUUGAGACCUGCAAGAAGUAUUUGUCCCAGAAGGAUGUGCUCGAGAAACUGGAGGACAAUGUCAGUAGUGGGAAGCACCAGGUCAUUAUGAACUCUGCUUGCUAUUUACUGUCAUAUGUAGCUGACUUAGUGGGCUCUCUCAAGCUUCUGGCUGAGAGACCGCUCAUUGUUGGCCGGUGUGGAGCUGCCAGCCCACUACUGGAUGGUGACGCACAACACCCAGAACCUGACUCAGAUUGGGCUGACGAGCUAGGCCCCGAAGAUGAUGAAUCUGGUGGUGAGGAUUCCGAUGAAGACUCUCUUUGCAACAAGCUGUGCACCUUCACCAUGACCCAGAAGGAAUUCAUGAAUCAGCACUGGUACCACUGCCACACAUGCCGCAUGGUGGAUGGUGUAGGUGUCUGCACCAUCUGUGCUAAGGUGUGCCACAAGGACCACGAUGUGACAUAUGCCAAGUUUGGCUCCUUUUUCUGUGACUGUGGUGCCAAAGAAGAUGGCAGCUGCCAUGCUCUAGUCAAACGCAACCCACAGAUAUCAUCAGAUACAGGCCCUGUGUGUGCAUCCACUACAGCAGCAUUUUCACUUCCAUCAGAGAAUGUUCUGCCCAGCUCAAUACGUCGUAGGGCCUCAUCACCGGCCCAAGGCCCUGGCUCUGGAGCUGGUUCAAGUGCUGCUGAUGCGCGCACACCUGUGGCUACAUCAGGAGACUCUAAAAAGGCUACUGAAGAGACUCUGAAACAUCGGCAGCAGCUGGCAAAGAAGUUAGAGGCAUUUCGAGGAGCCCUUGUUGAGCACAUUGUUUCUACAAACCUGGUUGGCACUGUUCUGGAGUUGAUCCAGUUUCUCAUGCCUGCCAUUGUGGAGACAUACAAUCGAAACUCGCCCAUUGGCAGCUCAACUCGAGCACAGAAGGCACUUGCUGAGCUCCACACACAAGAAAAGCUGUUCGAACACAUUGACCAGCUUAUGGUGCCAACUCUGGGCUCUCAAGAAGGUGCCUUUGAAAAUGUGCGGAUGAACUUCUCCGGGGAGCAAGGACAGACCAUAAGACAGCUACUGAGUGCUCACAUGAUUCGGCGAGUAGCCAUGUGCUGCCUGGCGUCACCCCAAGGAAAGCGCCAGCACUUGGCCGUCAGCCAUGAAAAGGGAAAGAUAACGCUGCUUCAGCUUUCGGCACUUCUCAAGCAGGCAGAUUCCAGCAAACGCAAGUUAACCAUCACUAGACUGGCAUCAGCCCCUGUUCCAUUUACAGUGCUCUCAAUCACUGGCAACCCAUGCAACGAAGACUUUUUGGCAGUAUGUGGACUAAAGGACUGCCAUGUGCUGACCUUCAGCAGCAGUGGAUCUGUAUCUGAGCAUCUUGUUCUUCACCCUCAACUUGAGACAGGCAACUACAUCAUAAAGGCCAUGUGGCUGCCGGGCUCCCAAACAGAGCUCGCCUUGGUGACCGCAGAUUUUGUCAAGGUGUACGACCUGUCAGUAGAUGCCCUGAGUGCUCAGUUCUUUUUCCUAUUGCCAACGGGGCGACUACGUGACUGUUGUUUUGUCUGUCCCGAGGAAGGGCCUCGCCAUCUGCUGCUCAUGUCAUCAGCUGGCUAUGUCUACUGCCAGCCUCUGAUUGAGGAGAGCUCAGCCCGUCAUGGACCGUUCUAUGUCACAAGUGUUCUCGACAUCCAGCAUCCUGACAUCAAGGACUCUGUAGGCACAGUAGCCGGUGGGGGUGUGUCCAUCUACUACUCACACGUGCUGCAGCUGCUGUUUCUGAGCUAUGCCAAUGGAAAAAGUUUCAUGGCCUGCAUGCCACAGAUCACUUCAGAAAUAACUGACCCUGUGCUGAUACAGCUCAAGCCAGCAGCAAGCAGCAAUGGUGGCUCAGGGGGCACCACUGCCACCAACACAGGAAGCGGUGCACCCACAGGUACAACCACCACAACCACCACCUCGGCAAGCAAUGCCACUGGGGGGAGCAGCAGUACCUCAAGCAAGCCAACACCCCAGCCUCUGUGCCAGUGGUCUGAGGUGCCCAAUCACCCUGGCCUUAUCCUAGCACUCAUGCAGUUCUCCAAUAACCCCUUGGUUCUUAUGAUCAAGCCUGGCACUGUCCUUGUCCAGGAGAUCAAGAUCUUGACUGCAAAAUCCAAGAUCACAGACCUGGUUGCUAUUCGGCACCCAACAUCCAGUGGUGAGAUGCGCACUACCUUGAUCCUGCUUUGUGAAGACGGCAGCUUGCGCAUCUAUAUGGCCUCUCAGGAACAGACAGGUUACUGGCUGACCCCAGCAUUCCAGCCUGCGACCAUUGUGGGGCUGGCAGGGACAGCAACUUCUGGCCUACCCUCAGGGACAGUGGGAGGCAGUAGUGCAGCACCUCGUCCAUCCAGAAGAAAAAAGUCGAUACGGGGCCGGGUGGGCCCAAGCACAGUGCCAGUGUCCUUUCCUGUGGACUUCUUUGAACACUGCACAUCCAUUCAGGAUGUGGAAUUUGGUGGGAAUGACCUGCUUCAGAUCUACAAUGCACAGCAGGUGAAGCACCGGCUUAACACAACAGGCAUGUACGUGGCCUGCACUAAGCCUGGUGGUUUAACACUGGAGAUCACGAACACUGAUCCCACCUUGGUCAUGGUGGGUGUGCGAGUGCUGGUGGGCUCACAGGAUGUGCAGCGGGCACCUUCAACAAUGGAGCUUUUUGGCCGCUCCCACCCACUGGUGCUGACGCGGUCACGCUGGUAUGACUUCCCUUUCACCCGUGAGGAGUCGUUGAGUGCUGAUAAGAAGAUAAGCCUAUUCUUUGGACCAAGUAGUGACCCCUCAUGUGUGACCAUGGUGGAUUCUGUCAAAGUGUACGGCAAGUCAAAGGAAUCUUUUGGUUGGCCUGAGGAAAGUGAUGAGUUUGUAACAGGGGUAGGUGUCGCAGCACAGUCUACUGCAGUAGGAGCUGCUGGAAUUGACUCUGAUGGAAUCCCAUCUGCACCGUUACCCCUGACAGCUCUUGACAGGCUGACGAGCAGUUGCUUGGAGAUGUUGGAUGACUGCUUCUCAGUGAGCUCGCUAUCAGAGGAGUGGCUGACUGGGAAUGCUAAAGGGACCGCCUUGGAGGUGGCCACAUGCCUGCUAACCUUGCCCACUCCACCUGCUGUACACCAGCAAGUUCGUGCUCUCCUGGCUGCUUUACACCCAAGCCGCACUGCCUACACCAGCCACAGGGAUCAAGCUCUCUUGAGCUAUGUCCUGGAAUGCCUGAACAUUAGCAGCAAAGAGAAGCCACCGUUCCAAGAUCUUGAUGGUGAAGCCUUUUACCGAUUGGUGGCAAUUGCUCGUGGUGUGGCUUGUGCUCGGCCAGCCAACCUUGUGCAGUUUGCAGAGUCCCAUGAAGUCAACACAGGCCCUGUAGAAGGCCUUGAAGAAAUGAACAAGGAGGAGGUGCUUGAGGAGCGUGGCUUGCCACUCAAGGUACACAUAGCAACCAACACUGUGCCACCUCCAGAGAAUGGCCACUUCCUGAGCAUCUUGACAGAGGCCUUCUGGCAUCUGCAUCGGCAGCGGCCUCAGAAUCCUGCCCUGGCCCCCAUCUCCAAACAUGGCCUAGUCCACGUUGAAGCCACUGUGCAAGCCUUGGUUGAGGUGAUGUACGCAUUUGUGGCCUUGGACAUGGAGAAUGUUGGCUUGGUGGCAAAGCUGUUUGCCCGGCUGCUGCUCUGUGAGGACACGGUAGUAAGCUUUGCUGCUAAGCAGGCCAUCGUUCGUGUGCUGCGGCCCAAAACAAGGAAGCGCAAGGUUUUCAUUCCACGUAACGCCCAGUGCAGCACACCUGGUGAGGCAGCCACUGACCAAACAGAUGGAGGCAAAGCAUCGACAUCGGGGGCAACAGGUGUGUCGCAGUCUCUGUCGGGCACUCCACAGCCACUGGUGUCUAUGCCAGGCAGCUCGUCAUCAACUCUAGGUGGCCUCGAAGUGCAGCCACAGGCCUCCCUGGAAUCCCAGGCCGAUGUGGAGUCACAUUUUGAGAUGCUUGAGAACAUGGAUGCUGUGGUCCUCUUGGGGGGUGCUGGUGGUGCUGGGGGAGGGGGUGCCUUCCCACCGCUGCUGGAUAUUCCACCUGAUGCAGACGAUGAAACCAUGGUGGAACUGGCCAUCGCCCUCAGCCUUCAAGACCAACCUGGCCAGUCUGAAGACCUGAAUCUAGGUGCUCUGGGCAGUGCUGGGGGGUCACAAGGGCCAAGUCAGCGAGCGUCUUCUCUUGAGGGUGGUCACUAUUCGGACACAACAGCUUCAGCCGGCGCUAGUGAUGAUGAAGGAAGCACAGCUGCCACAGAUGGCUCCACACUGCGCACAUCACCUGCUGAACAGUGCUCCCUGCCGAUGCAUCGACUCGUCGUGCUUUCCCUGCAAGGUGGCAGUGGUGCUGGCUCAGAGAGUGGUGGCAGUGGGGCUGAUUCAAUGACAGGCGAGCCUAAUGUCAGUGGGCGCAGCAGUGCCUAUGGAGACAAUGCAUUGCCUGAGGGAGGCCUUGCACGCUCAGAGACGAGCUCUGUGGGGCUUCCGCCCACACUGCCUCAAGAGGACCCUGACACAGCCUGGGGUCUGCAUGCCCUGCGUUGUGCCUUACUUGACCGGCUGCUACGUUUCCUGCCACAGCUGCGCAGUGUGGGUGGAGUACGUGCCAUACCAUUCAUGCAGGUAGUGCUGAUGCUCAGCUCAGAUUUGGACAGUGAGGAUGAAAGAGAUCGUGCAACCCUGGACAAUCUGCUGAGCAGUUUGAUUGGCGAGCUAGACCGAAAUGUGGCCCGCGUAGUGGAAAGGAGCCCAUCCUCUGAGGAACAGCUCAUCGUCAUGCGCCUACUCAGUAUCAUGAUGUCGCGCAUCAAAAGCUCAGCCAAGGCAUCUGGCCCCAGCGACCCUACUUGCCAGAACUACUGCAGCACUUCAGCUGCAGUGGCCCUCCAUGCCAGUGGCAUCGUGGACCACUGCCUACAGGUUCUGGGUACUUUGCUUGAGCACUGGAAGGCAGUGCAGAAUGCUGAUGCUGACUCAUCUGGAGGCAGUUCGAGUGGAAACACUGGGCCUCCACUGCUGAAACCGCACCCUGCUUCACCUCCCCCAGACAUGUCUCCUUUCUUUUUGCGGCAGUAUGUCAAGGGACAUGCUAACGACGUGUUUGAGGCUUACCCUCAACUUUUGACAGAGAUGGCCCUGCGCCUGCCAUACCAGGUGAAGAAGGUGUGGGCUGUGGUGCCCCCUGGCUGCGUAGCACCCAGUUUCGGUUCGACAUGGUAUUCAUACCUGUGCGAGUACAUGAUGGUGCAGCAAACACCCUUCAUCCGGCGUCAAGUGCGGAAGCUGCUGCUCUUCCUGUGUGGCUCCAAGGAGAAGUACAGGCAGCUGCGUGACCUCCAUGCGCUUGAGUCACAUCUAGCAGGUGCCCGCACGGUGUGUGGGGCCAGUGGGACCACCGCACCUUCAAUGGGCACAGCUGCACUGCCGUAUGAUGCCCUUAUCUUGGUGGUGGAGCAUCUCAAGGCAUGUGCCGAAGUGGCUACCUCACGCACAGCUAACUGGCAGCGCUACUGCCAGCAUGACAACACAGUUCUGCCCUUCCUCUUUCAGGUGAGCUUCCUACUCGAUGAAGGAGUGGCCUCAAUCAUCCUGCAGCUGCUUCAAUGUGGACUAUGUGGUACAGCUUCAUUGCAACAACCCCCCCAACAUCAGCAGGGAGCAAGUAAGCCACAUGCCGCCUCUGGUUCACCAUUCAAGCAGCCACACCGCCGUGAGCGGGACACAUCAGAGGAGCCUGAUGAAGUUGAGAAUUCAGAUGAGGCUCAGUGUGCAGCUCUGGCACAGCAAGUACAUAGUUCUGUGGAGCGCUCCCUGUUGGGCCAGUUUGUGCGUGCAUUCCUGCUUGAGUGCAACUCUACAGCUGUGCGAUGGCAAGCACACUCGCUUCUUCAUCAGCUACAUAGACACUCGCAGCCGUCUCAUCGAGAGGCCCUGCUGACACUGAUGUGGGAGCUCUGGCCACACCUUCCCUCAUAUGGACGAAAGGCAGCACAGUUCGUGGACCUCUUGGGCUACUUUACACUCAAGGCCCCACAGCCUGAGCAGGAGUUCACUGAAAAGGCACUGGCUGUGCUGCAUCAGCAAAACCAGCUCCUGUGCAAUCACCCCAACUCCAGCCUGUACAACUCUAUACGAGGCCUAGUAGAAAUGGAUGGCUACUACCUGGAAAGCGAGCCUUGCCUUGUCUGCAACAACCCCGAGGUGGCUUACGCAAACAUCAAACUGUCUGCCAUAAAGGUGGACUCGCGCUUCACCACUUCUACCCAAAUUGUCAAGCUGGUUGGCUCACACACAGUGUCGCGCAUUGUGCUGCGCAUUGGAGACCUGAAACGUAGUAAAAUGGUGCGAGCCAUUAAUAUCUACUACAACAAUCGGUCAGUACAGUCAGUCGUGGAGCUGAAGAACAGGCCUGCCAUGUGGCAUCGUGCCAAACGCUGUUCCUUGGCUGCAGGCCAGACUGAGCUCAAAAUGGACUUCCCACUUCCCAUUGUGGCAUGCAACCUUAUGAUAGAGUAUGCAGACUUCUAUGAAAAUGUGCAGGCAUCAUCAGAGACACUGCAGUGCCCACGUUGCAGUGCCUCUGUGCCAGCUAGCCCUGGCGUGUGUGCCAACUGUGGAGAAAAUGUAUUUCAGUGCCACAAGUGCCGUGCUAUUAAUUAUGAUGAGAAGGACCCAUUCCUGUGCAAUUCCUGUGGUUUCUGCAAGUAUGCCAAGUUUGACUACACCUUGACUGCCAAGCCUUGCUGUGCCGUUGACCCCAUUGAGGGUGAGGAGGACCGCAAGAAGGCUGUGGCCUCUAUCAAUGCACUACUUGAGAAGGCUGACAAAGUGUACCGACAGCUUAUGGCCCACAAGCCGGCGUUGGAGCUGCUGCUUCUCAAGGUUCAGGAGCAGGGCCUGGUAGACAGGGCUCUGGAAGAGGAGGCUGCUGCUGCAGCAGGCACAGCAGCAGGCACAGGCAGCUCAGCUACGACUUCAGCAGCACCAGCCAGCACUGGUUCUGCAUCAGGAUCAACAUCCAGCAUGGUGAAUCGGUCCAUACAGCAACUUGCUCAGAAGUACUGCUCCGAGUGCAAAGCCUCUUUUGAUGAGCUGAGCAAGAUUGUUCAGAAGAUCUUGGCUUCACGAAAGGAAUUGGUUGAGUAUGAGCACAAGCAGAAGGACAGCAGAAAAGCACAAGCAGCAACUCCAACUUCGACUGCUGUACAGCCAGCGCGAAGUGAAUUGCCAUCACCAGGCAGCUUCAAUUUACCAGCGAGCAAUAAGCAGUCAUCUGGGAGAUGUUAUGGUUGUGCCAGUGCUGCAGUGGAUCACUGCAUCACCCUUCUUAGAGCUUUGGCUACCAGUGUGCCAUACAGGCAACUUCUGUGUGAGCGGGGCUUGAUAGGGGAGCUGGUGGAGCACAACCUUCGUCAGGGCUGGUCACAAGUUGGCCAGUUGGUGUGCCUGCUAACGCGCGACAACCCCCAAGCCACUGACCACCUUAAUGGACUGCUGAUGGAGCGCAUCUCACUUGCUCUACUGCGUGGUGGGCAGGCGGCCUCUUUACCCCAGCAGCCCUGCCUAGCUCUAGUGCCUGCUGCUACCACGCCACCUACCCCAACAGAAGGAGACAACAAUGAGGCAAUGUCAACACUGCCACCAGUCAUAGUUGGUGUCCCUGACUUGCCAGCGGCAGUCCGUCACGAGGUGGCCUUGUUGGCUCUGUCACUCCAGAAGGAGGACUCAUGCUGGGAGCAGCGGCUAAGGUGUGUGAUGCGGUUGUUUCUGAUGGGCAUCAGUUCACAGAGUCCAAUUGUGAUGGAGAGCAUCACACUGCCUUGUCUUAAGAUACUGCAAGCAAUCAUCAAACCAGACCCACCCAUCACUAAACGCAACAAAGACAAGUCGAUUGAGGAACUGGCAACUGUACGGCCCUCUGGCAUGUGUGUUGCUGUGGACCUUAAGGGCUGGCUGGAUGGAGACCCACUGCAGACAUACAGUUCCUGGAAAAGCCGAUGCCUGGGACGACCUGCUGACACCCUUUCACUUGGUGGGGGCAAACGGCAACGGCGCGAGGACGUGCGGGCCCGCUUUCUGGUGGAGAAAUAUGGUUUGCGCUGGCGCCAGCUUGCUCGCCGAGGUGGCUCCUCCCUGCGCCUGCUCAUGUUCCUCCAGCCACCACAGCAGUCCACUCAAAGCCAGCCACGCCGACCCCGCUCUCUCCAGUCGAACUGGCUGCGCCAGGUUCUCUUCAACCCGUCUUGCCGCCAGGCACGCACUGUGGCCUGCACUUUGGUUAAAGCCCUCUGCCAGGUCCCAUCACGGUGCCGGGAAAUGCUGGACCUGCUGACAACAUAUUUGGAUGACCUAGGCACAGCUGGUGAGAGUGGAGCAAAGUUCUUGGCCCUCUACCAGAGCCUUAUUGGGCCUGACCAUUGGAAGCACUACCUGGCCAUCAAAGGCCUACUUCCACACCUUGGUGACCUCAUCACCUCCGAAAUUGAACAGCUCACCCUGCUUGAAGAGACUACACUCAAUGCUGACCUUUCCCAGGGUUUUGCCCUGAAGAUGCUCACGGAGCUGCUUUCAUCAUUCAUCGAAGUGGACUCAGUCCGGCAGCAAUAUAAGUCACGUCUUGUUGGAUGCGUGCUCAAUGGCUACUUGUCUCUGCGCAAGCUAGUGGUCCAGCGCACGAAGUUGAUAGAUGAGACGCAAGAAAAAUUGUUAACACUACUAGAAGAGAUGACUACAGGCACCGAGUCAGAGACUGAGGCAUUCAUGGCAGUUUGUGUUGCAACACUAGGCCGUUAUGGGCUGGAGGAUCUGCGAACACCUGUGUUCAUCUUUGAGCGGCUCUGCUCAUUGAUCCACCCUGAGGAAAAUGAGCUAGGCGAGUUCCUGGUGACUCUCGAGAAAGACCCACAGCAGGAGGACUUCCUCCAGGGGCGCAUGCUGGGCAACCCAUACAGCUCAAAUGAGCCUGGCAUGGGGCCACUGAUGCGUGACCUCAAGAACAAGGUGUGCCAGGACUGCGAGUUGGUGGCCUUGCUCGAGGAUGAUAAUGGCAUGGAGCUGCUUGUCUGCAACAAGAUAAUGAGCCUUGAUCUGCCUGUCAAGGAAGUAUACCGCAAGGUCUGGUGUCCUGAGAAUGGCGAGUCUGAGGCAAUGCGAGUGGUGUACCGCAUGCGGGGGCUGUUGGGAGAUGCAACAGAAGAAUUCGUGGAAUCUCUGGAGGCAAAGGCUGGUGGUCCCCAGGUGGACGAGGAGCAGGUGUACCGACUGGCACGUGUCAUGGGCACAUGUGGAGGCCUUGAGGCCAUGCUCGAGCGCCUCGCUGCCAUCGAUGACCUGGCACGUGGACGACCACUGCUCACUGUCCUUCUCAAGCUAUUUGGCCUCUGUGUAAAGGUUCGAAGCAACCGUCUGCAUCUUCUGGAGUCAUCGUUGCAUGCAGUUGCACGUCUCCUGGGAGCACUGAGGCUACUGUUGGGGGCACAGGAGGCCGCGCUUGCAGAACAGUUGCUGGCAACACUGGAGGCUGUGCUGGCUGAAGGAGCUGCCCAUGUGCCUCCUCGGCUUCCUGAAGGCGUUACACGGGAUGACAUCACAUUCCUUCUGGCCCAAGUGGGCACUGGCCGGCCCAGUCCCCGUCUGCUGCAACUGCUCAUGCGUGUUGUGCCCUUCUUAACCCUAACUGACGAGGCCAAGAUGGAUGUCCUUAUCAACCACUUCAAGCGGCAGCUCAAUUUCAUUCGCUUUGAUGUGGAGCACACACCAGAGGACGAUGUUCAGCUAGAGUGUUUCUGCAACCUGAGUGCUGGCAUUGAACGCAACGACAACGGCAAUCGACUCAAAGACCUCCUUGUUGCCCGUGGCAUCGUAGAGGGUGCCAUUCAGUACCUGCUCGUGUAUGCACCACCUGCCAAGAGUUCUCUGCUGUCAGCCUCAGAAAAUUGGAAGGAGUUUACAUCCAAGCCAGCACUGAAGUAUGUCCUCCGCAUCUUGACAGGCCUUAGCAGUGGACAUGAGAAAACACAGGUCCUAGUCAGUACAGAAUGCAUCCCUAUCAUUCAUCGCCUGGAACAAGUGUCAAGCGAUGAGCAUGUUGGCUCACUGGCAGAAAAUCUUAUGGAGGCCUUGAAAGAAAAUCCCAAUGUGGCGCAGAAGAUUGAAGAGGUCCGCAAACAGACCAGAGAUGAGAAGAAGCGGCUCGCAAUGGCCAUGCGUGAGAAGCAGCUAGGCGAGCUAGGCAUGCACACCAAUGAGAAGGGCCAAGUGACAGCCAAGAGCUCAAUUCUAAAACAAAUGGAGGACUUGGGUGAAGAGGCAGGACUCGUGUGCAUAAUCUGUCGUGAGGGCUACAAGUUUCAACCAAGCAAGCUGCUUGGUAUCUAUACCUUUACCAAGCGCUGUAAUCUGGAUGACUUUGAAGCCAAGCCUCGCAAGACACCUGGGUACACAACAGUUACACACUUCAAUAUAGUCCAUGUUGACUGCCACAUGGCUGCUGUCAGGCAUGCCAGAGGUCGUGAUGAAUGGGAGAGUGCAGCAUUACAAAAUGCCAACACCAAGUGCAACGGUCUUCUUCCCCUUUGGGGGCCACAAGUUCCUGAGUCACAAUUUGCCAGCUGUCUUGCCAGGCACAACACAUACAUCCAGGACUGCACGGGUCACCUGGAUGUUGGCUACAUGUCAACACUUCAUGACCUGAAGCUUCUGUUGAGCCGCUUUGCCUUUGAGCGCUCCUUCAGCGAAGACAGUGGUGGUGGUGGGCCCCAAAGCAACAUGCAUCUCAUCCCCUACCUUCUUCACAUGGUUCUCUAUGUCAUAAACACGACAAGGUGUGUAGCAAGAGAGGAGAAGAACCUUUCGAACUUCCUGGAGAUGUCGCCUGAACGGCAGAUUGAAAACUGUUAUGAGAGUGAGGGCCCGUGCUACUGGACAACCAUGGCCCUGGCAGUGUGGUCCCAUAACCGGUGGCGGUGUGGCCGUGUUGCUCUGGUGCGACGUAUGGUGGUACUGGCACAUGCACGACAUCUGAGCCCACAAGGCGGCUCAGCACUUGCCGACGCAGUUCCCCGCGAAUUCGCUGUCUACCGGCCCUUUCUCUGCUACCUAGCCAUGGUAGAUGGAUUGUACAACACCAUGUUCAAGAGGGUGUCCUGUAGCAAUGAUGAUGGCUGGUCAGUGGCAUUGGCAGAUUAUAUCCGCCACAAUGACCAGCAGCACCUAGAACUUGGGGACAAGCUGCUGAGGAAUUUUGAAGAACAAGUGCUGACGUGCCAGUCAUUCAUGGAAUAUUGUGAUGUCAUGGGUCUUCUGUGUGAAAUUCCCAACCCAGAUGCCUUCCUGCUAGAAUCACUUCAGCUAAGGGUCUGAUUCAAGUUUUAUUAUUGAAGGACUAUUUAAAUAAAGAUGCUUGCUUGAA